GCACCAGUGCCAUGUCACUUGAUGCUUUGCGAUGCCCACUCUCGACUGAUGAACUCUCGUGACGGUGCGCGAGCGAACUGCUGGCGUGGUGAUGGCGACGAGACGACGGCGUAGCGGCGCCUCUGCAGCGAUCAACGCCGCGGCAGCGUGGCGAUCCUCUCCGUGCUACCUUCAGUUCGCGCGCACGACAGCGAUGCCCAGGGCGCCUGCCGAGCGCGACGGGAGCAACAGAGCAUCAGCACUCGGCAGAGCUCUGGAGCCCGUAGCGUCGCAGCCAGCGACGUCACACAGUCACACGACGGAAAGCAGAGAUGGACGUGAUGGGCAUUGAAGUGGCAGCGUGUAGCUACGUCUGAAGUAAGACGGUGA